AUGGCCAAAGCUUACGACAGAGUCUCAUGGCUCUUUUUGUUGCAAGUACUGCGACGCUUUGGUUUUGGUGAGCGGUGGAUCGAUAUGAUUUGGCGAUUGAUUUCCAAUGUCUGGUUUUCGGUUCUUAUUAAUGGCUCCCCAUGUGGUUUUUUCCAGUCAACUCGGGGACUACGCCAAGGAGAUCCCAUUUUGCCGGCUCUUUUUAUUAUUGGGGCAGAGGUUUUAUCUAGAUUGCUGAAUUCUUUGGUAGGACAGAGAGGUUUCCUUCCCUUUAAGGUCCCCCCUUCAUGCCCUAUUGUCACGCAUCUAGCUGAUGCGGAUGACGUGAUUAUUUUUUGUAGUGGAGUUAAGCAUACUUUGAAGAAAGUCAUGAGUGUUUUGGAGAACUAUUGUGGUGUAUCUGGUCAGCAACUUAACUAUCAAAAAAGCUGCUUUAUUGAUCAUGAUGCUUUGACUUUACCUCGUAAACGUGUCAUUUCACAAAUCUCUGGUUUUCACGUCAAGUCACUUCCUAUUAGAUAUCUUGGCUGUACUCUCUACUCAGGGAGAAGGAAAAGGAGUUAUUUUUCAGAUAUCUGCACUUCAGUUGCUAAGAGAGUUUUGUCUUGGAAGGAGAAUCUUUUGUCGUCUGGAGGGAGGUUAGUGUUACUCAAAAGUGUUUUAUCAUCUUUACCUAUACAUGUCUUAGCUGCUUCGACUCCUCCGAAGGGUGUUCUCCGCACCCUUGAGAAAGCAUUUGCAAAUUUUCUAUGGGGUACGACUGAAAAAGGGUCUCGGUAUCAUUGGAUUGCAUGGGAUUCAUUAUGUAAGCCGUAUGCCGAAGGGGGUGUGGGAGUGAGGGCUUUGACUGAUGCGUUUGAUGCCUUGUCAUUGAAGUUAUGGUGGUCUUUAAGGCAACGUCAAUCCCUUUGGGCCGAAUUUAUGCACACUAAAUAUUUACAUAAUUUGCAUGCUUGCGAAGCUGAAUUUCAGCCAUUACAAUCGAUAACUUGGAAGAGAUUGGUUACAUAUCAGUCUUUGGCAAAUUCCCACAUUCAAUGGGUGUUGCAGAAUGGCUUGAUAAACUUCUGGCAUGAGAAUUGGACUGGUACAGGUCCUUUGUGUCAGCAAAUCGAGAUUUUUGAAGAUCACACAGUGGCGGACUUUGUUUUAAAUGGUCACUGGAACAUUCCAAUGUUUCGUCAAUGGCUCCUAGAAAAUAUUGUAUCUACGAUUCUACAAAUAACUCCCCCUGAUGUUUUUUCUAAUCAAUCUGAUAGGAUGGCCUUGCCAGCAAAAAUCUCAUUCUUUAUGAUGAGGAUGCUAUCUUGGAGACUACCGGUGCAGGAUGUGUUGCAGCGCUUUGGUGUGUGCCGACCAUCUCGUUGUGUUUGCUGCCAAAAUCCUAGGUUGGAUUCUACUGAUCAUGUUUUCUGUACAGGUGAAGUCCCUCGCCAAGUUUGGCAAUCGUUUCAAGUAGAGAUUGGCGAGUUUACCACGCAUUCAACGCUAAAGCAUGCAGUCAUUCAAUGGUGGUUGUGGCCAGCUAAAAACAUGAAGCUUAAAUUGGUUUAUCAGCUGCUGCCAUCGCUGAUUUGCUGGCAUCUUUGGAAAGCUAGGAAUGCUGCGGUUUGGGAAGGCAAGGUGUUGUUGGUCAUGCAGAUUCAUACUUUUGUUCUUUUUGAUCUCUAUGAUAUUUUCCAAUUACAUUUUACAGACAUGGGAGUUGGAAGGUACUCGUGGCCAUGUUUUUACUCUUCACUGGUAAUCCGGGAAGGAGUGGUGGUGGGGGGUUUUGAGGAAUAG